CAAAACAAUAAGGCUUGAGAGGAAGUAAAAACAACGAUAAUUAGUUUGACUAAACACAGGUCUGUUGUUCGGAAGUUUUUACUAUUGCGGAGUUAAAAAACAAUAAUACAAUGUUCACUAUCGUAUUGAAAAACUGAGUACAAGUUUCGGCAUCUGUAAAUAUGUUUUACGUAUUUUUUUUAAUAUUUUUUGUAAAGUGUGUUUAUACUAUUGAAACACAAGCAAAGAGACCCACGGUGAGAAUAAAACAAGGAGUGGUUGCUGGGGUAAAAGUAUAUGCUGAAUCAGGCAAGGUGAUUAAUGCAUAUUUAGGUAUACCUUUCGCUGCUCCUCCUGUGGGCCAAUUACGUUUCUCGCCUCCACAAAUUCAUGGCGGAUGGAAUGGGACAUAUCAAGCCUCAGCAUACGGAUCUUCCUGUCCUCAAUUGCCAAUUCGAAAUGAUGUAAACGAAAACGAAAAUUGUUUAUUUCUUAACAUAUGGACACCGGAAGGUGUAUCAGAGGAUUCACCUUUGUCGGUAGUAGUAUUUUUCGAGGGAUCCGAAUUCGCCCAGGGUAACAGAUUUCCGAUAUCGGGACAAGACCUUGCAGUAGAAGGUGUUGUAGUAGUUAAUGCUAACUACAGACUUAAUAUAUUCGGUUUCCUUUGUUUUGAGAAUAAGGAAGCCAGGGGCAAUAUGGGCUUAUUAGACCAAUAUUUAUCGCUCAUAUGGGUGAAAGAGAAUAUUCGAAAAUUCGGGGGUGAUAGUGAAAAAGUUACCCUUUUCGGCUAUUCAGCUGGAGCAGCUAGCGCAACUUUACACAUGAUCUCAAUUAGAACCGCAGACUUGUUUCAAAAAGUAAUACUGUCGUCGGGUAGCAUUUUAUCACCAUGGCAUACGAAAAACAACGUUGUGAAAGCAUCUCAGACUGUAGCUGGCAUAUUGGGGUGCUUCAGUAAUUACGCGAAAAGCACGUUGAGAUGUUUACGUUCUAAGUCUACCGCUGAGAUUCUCAAAGCAUAUGAAGAAUAUGUAGAUUCAAGCAAUUAUACCGACCGUUUUUCUCCUGUGGUUGAUGAUUUUUUAUUUCUUAAUGAUCAGUAUUUACCAUUUAAUUUUGAAAAUGCAUUAAAAUCGGGAGUUUCUAUGCAAGUCCCUAUUUUAACUGGGCUAGGAACACCUGUAUCAGAUCCAAUUUUUGGACGUUGGAGUAACAUUAUUAAUGGGGGAUAUAAAGAAUUUAAAAACUUUGUUGAAGAAAUAAUUAUUCCCGAAAUUAUGAAAAAAUACAAUUUCAAAGGAAAAAACGAAAAUCUAAUUUCUGAUCUUCUGAAGUGGAGGUACGUUACCUCUAGCAAUGGCCGUACUGAUAUUUUGGAAAACCUCUUAAUACAAUUGUAUUUUGAAGCAAAAACUGAAAUACCUGUCUUUCUUCAAACAAAUCAUUUUUUGUCAUCACAUAGGUCACCAAUUUAUGUGUAUUACGUUGAUGAUAUAGGUCUCAAAUUUAAUUCUUCAGACUACAUCACAUCGUCAGAUUUAAUUUUAUUAUUUGGCCCACUUUUGUUAAACCAAGCUGGUAGAAGAAGAUUUACCUACUGGGAAAACAGUAUCAGCGAAAGAAUUAAAAGCCUAUGGAUUAAUUUUAUAAACUACGGGAAUCCUACUCCAAAUUAUCAGAAAAAGGUGUGGCCAAAUUAUAAAGCAAAUGAAAAUCAUAUACAGUAUUUUAGUAACAAAGAUGAUAUCGAGAUAACAAGAAAGGAAUUUGAAAGAAUGAGAUCGUACUAUUUUUGGAACGAUGUUCUUAAAAGUUUAGCCUUAAAUACCGAACUCAUUAACGACGCUCAAACAGAAAAUUUUCAAAAAACAGCAGGUCCAGAAUGCAAACAUGCAACGUACACAUUAACAGGAUUGGUAAUAGCGUUGCUUCUUAUGCUUUUUAUUUGUGUAAUUUUGUUGAAAAGAAGGUCCAACGAACUUCACUGGCAAUUUCAAACGAGCUUAUAAAAGAAGUAAUUUGUGAAACUUGUCU